ACAAAAUCCUCCUCAACUAUCCUGAUCACGUUCAAGAGACUUAAACCAAGACAUCAUCAAUCAUCAUGAGAUCCCUCAUUUUGCUGGCAUUCGUCAUUGGAGUUGCUUAUUGCGCUCCGCAAGUGAUGUAUUAUGAGGUAGAGUACAAACCUGUAAUGGCUCCACAGGCUCAGCAAGCGGCCCCUGCUGCAGCAAGACCCUCUGAAAUCGAGCUUCUUUUGGCAGCUCAGCAGGCUGCAGCUGGAGUUCCUGCUCAACCCGUCCGUGGCUUCAUUAAACACGAGAUUCCUCAGCCCGCAGGCAAAGAGAGCAUUGAAGUUCUGUACCCCUUCGACUUCCGUCCAGCCCCUGCUGCCCCUGUUGUCCCUGCUGCCCCAGCUGCCCCAGCUGCCCCAGCUGCCCCAGUUGCUCCUGCUGCCCCGGCUCCCGUUCCAAAGGAUGAUGAUGAUGAUCAAGAUGACUAAAUUAGUGAUGCACGGAUAAUUUGACCAGAAAGUUCCAGAGUGACACAGAAGCUGCUUGUUUUUAGCUAAUUGUCAUUAUUUUCUUGCAUUCCAAAUUUGUUGAUCUGUCAGGGAUGGUGCUCUCUCAGAGGCUUGAUGCAUGAGAGCUCUUAAAUCAGAUGCUUUUUCCCAACCAUGUUUCUAUAUCUUGAUUUUUAAUAAACUAUACAGUCAA